AGUAAGACGCCGGCAAUAGAGCGGAAAACCUAUGCUACCGUUGCUUCGACGUCGUUUGUGAAGACAGGGACAGUCCCACCGCCAGUGGUGAAAACAUCUGGUAUAGGUGUCGAAUCAAAGGCACGUGGGGUAAACACUCCCCGUCGUGCCGACUCUUUCACGGAUAGUAGCGUUAUAUUCCGUAACGUUACUGAAUCUGCGGCCGCUCUCCCAAGGGAACGCAUCUUGGAUGACAUCAAGUGGCUGAAACUGUGUGUCAGCAAGCUGCUUCCACCUGGCUUCCCUGGUGUCACUGUCAGAAAGCUGACCAGAUUGGGGAACGUCCCUAUCGCUACGCCAAAUCCGCGACCCCGACUACUUCGCGUGGUCCUUUCUACCCCGGAGGAACGCAAAUCAUUACUGCGGUUUGCAUUCAAACUUAAGGGUAGUGGUGUCAGCGUUCAGCCGGACCUACCGCUGGCAGAUAGAUUGAAGUUAAAGGAGGCUAUCAAAGACCUCAAAACUAGACGGGCGGCUGGUGAGCAAGGCCUCCGUCUGGUGGGUUUUCAGGUGGUCAGCCGGAAGUUAUCUUCCGCCCUAUCAGAACCCAUCCUGAUGGCGCACGACCCAGGGAUGGUCGUGCCGACUUUCUUGAGGUAGUACUUAGCAACGUGCGUAGCCUAAGGAACAAGGUGCACGAGUUGGGUCUACUUGUAGACAAAUCUCGUCCCGACAUACUUGCUUUCACUGAAACGUGGUUGUCUCCGGAUAUCACGGACGGUGAGGUAUGUUUACCUGGCUACGCGCUGCUUAGAACUGAUCGCUCCGUUGGUCGCCAAGGCGGAGGCGUUGUACUUUAUGUGAGCUGUAACUUAGAUGUGUUGAGGACCUGCACAUUCCAGUCGUCGGAUCAGACUGUUGAAGCCCUAUCGGCUGUUUUGUGCACUUCCUCUACCCAGUUUACAGUUAUAGUGAUAUACAGAAGUCCUGGAAGUUCUUCCAGGGGGAUACUUGACUUUAUUCGCACUCAGUCUGCGAAUAAGUGUUUAGUUCUAGGGGAUUUCAACCUCCCGGAAGUCUGUUGGGCCGAUCUUUCUUGCAAUUCGGCAUCAGAAACAUUCGGUGCAGACUUUCUUGAACUGACUCUCCAAGUGCCUUUGCACCAGUUCGUGACCUUUCCCACUAGGUAUAUGGACAACCAAAUACCAUCUACUUUAGAUUUGGUUUUCGCUAAGUCCCUCGACUUCGUGACUGACGUUUCAUACGGUGCACCUCUAGGGUCCAGCGAUCACGCAUGCAUAUCCUUUCGAUGUGCUCUUUCAAGGCACCAAGAGACCGCUGUUGAAUUACUUCCGAAUAUUUGGCGGGCGGACUUUAGUGCAAUGCGAGCUAAGGCUUCAGUUCUGAACUGUGAGAUCUCGAUGGCCGACUCUGUCCAGUUAGUCUGGGAUAAAUUUAAGGCAUACCUUACGGAGGUUUCCACUCCCUAUAUUCCACUCAUGAGGAAAAGAGGGUUAAGGGCACAGCCUCCAUGGAUAGAUACCACAGGCAAGUACCUACUCAAGAAACGGUCUAGAUGCUGGCGAACCUACCAAGCAGCUUCAUCAGCCAGUACCUAUGAUAGUUAUCGAGAGAUUAGAAAUAAAUGUAAGCAACAUCUCAGAACUGUUCGUCUCCAGUACGAGCAGGGUUUAGCGGACUCGGCCGCAGCUAAUCCCAAGAAAUUUUUUGCUUACGUUAAAAGACGCAGCGGGGCAAAACUGUCUAUACCAGCGUUAUUGCGAGCAGACGGGACCCGUGCGCAAACUGACUAUGACAAGGCUUGUAUACUUAGUGAUCAGUAUACUGGGGUCUUUGCUCGGGAGACCUCUUUACCACAGGUUGAAUUGGUUUCAAGAGUUCCAGAGGAUUCUUGCUUAGCUGAGUUUAGCAUAACGGAGACUCAGGUCUUCGAGCUACUGCAAGGCAUUAAUCCCUCUAAAGCUUCCGGUCCUGAUUCAAUUCAUCCGAAGCUGUUGCAUGAAUUGGCCACUGAGCUGAGUGGUCCUCUCACAUGCGUGUUUUCAAUAUCGCUGGACAGCUGCAUCCUACCUUCGGAAUGGAAGGAGGCAAUCAUCUGUCCGACUUUUAAGGGCGGUGACAGCGCUCUACCCGCGAACUACCGGCCUGUCAGUUUGACAAGCGUAGUAGUCAAGUUGUUUGAAAAGCUGAUAAGGGAUUCAGUGGAGAACCACCUGAAUAGAUUCAACCUUCUCAGUGUUGCGCAACAUGGAUUCCGCAAGGGAUUUUCAUGUCAGACUAAUCUACUUGUAGCUCGUGAAAGCUGGGCCGAAGCGGUAGACAGUGGCCACGCUGUAGACGUGCUAUUCGUGGACUUUUCGAAAGCUUUUGACACUGUUCCACAUCUUCGGCUCUCACUAAAGUUGAGAUCUUACGGGAUAUCUGGUCGCGCCCUUCAAUGGGUGUCUGCCUUCCUUGAGGGGAGGGAACAGUGCGUACGGGUGGGGCGUAGCCUUUCGCUCAGGCAAGCUGUCCUUAGUGGCGUUCCGCAGGGCUCGGUAUUGGGGCCAUUGUUGUUCGCGAUCUAUGUAAAUGACUUGCAGGGAGAGCUAGGGGUGUCAUCACUAAUGUUUGCUGACGACCUUAAGCUCUGGAAUAUUGUGGAUAUCCCGGGGGUCCUGAGGCAAUUCAGCAUGCCUUGGAUAGGCUCUGGGAAUGGUCUACCUUAUGGUUGAUGCCCAUAAAUAGGGCCAAGUGCUCUGUUCUCCGAAUCGGAGCUGCUAAUCCUCCCACCCGAUAUGUUGUCGGCGGUGGUGAACUCCCUGUUGUCACUCAGCAGGUUGAUUUAGGAGUCGUACACGCAUCAGCACUUCAUUCUGGAGACAAUUGGAAGAAGGCUGCUUGUCGAGGGUUUCGUAUGAUGUGGUUUAUCCGCCGCUCUUUCGGAAUCUUAACGGCCA